CGUUUAUUAUCAUGUCCUUCCUGUAGCAAGUUCUAGCAACUGCAGCUGAGAAUGUGUGUAAACACCAACUUUAAUUGGAUCAGAAAAACAAUACCAGUAUUUAGUAAACAAUAGUAUAUAAAACCGUUGAAAAUGCUUAUGUUUUGUCCAACUUGUGGGAAUGUUUUAAUCGUGGAGGAAGGACAAAGAUGCUUCAGAUUCGCGUGUAAUACAUGCCCAUAUGUGCACAAUGUCACGAGGAAGGUAAAUUGCAGGAAGUACCCCAAACUGAAGGAGGUUGAUGAUGUUCUUGGGGGCGCUGCUGCUUGGGAAAAUGUUGAUUCUACUCCAGAACCUUGUCCAAAAUGCGAACACCCACGGGCCUACUUUAUGCAGAUUCAAACUAGGUCUGCUGAUGAACCAAUGACAACUUUCUACAAGUGCUGCAAUAUACAAUGUGGUCAUCGUUGGAGAGACUAAAUCAGUCUUGGACUUUGAGACUCAAAAUAUGUGUUAAUAAUAAAAUAUUCUGUUUUCAUUAUAUGUAUAUAAUUCUUUUCAAUCAUUUAUAUGGAUUAAACUAACUGUAACAAUGUACAUCACCACAUCGUUUACAUCUGUGUUGUUCUGGCCUGACAUUCAUUCUUGUGUGUGUGUGCGCGAGUAAUAAAAUAACACCUCUUACA